AUGAUAUUUGAGCUGACACAGCUCUGCAAGGACGGGAUACCUUGUGAGCAGAGAUUGGAAGGUUCAGCGUUUGGUGACUUUGUACAGUACAUGCACGACCACUACCUGGACAAGUAUGAGUGGUUCAUGCGCGCAGACGACGACGUCUACAUCAAAGGUGAUAAAUUAGAACAAUUUCUUAGGUCCCUAAAUAGCAGCAAGCCUCUCUACCUGGGACAGACUGGCCUGGGGAAUACAGAUGAAAUUGGAAAGCUGGGGCUGGAGCCUGGGGAGAACUUCUGCAUGGGAGGACCUGGCAUGAUCUUCAGCCGAGAAGUUCUCAGAAGGAUGGUGCCUCACAUCGGCGAAUGUCUCAGAGAAAUGUACACCACUCACGAGGACGUGGAAGUGGGUCGCUGUGUUCGCCGCUUUGGUGGGACUCAGUGUGUCUGGUCUUACGAGAUGCAACAGCUGUUCCAUGAAAAUUAUGAACACAAUCGUAAGGGUUACAUCCAAGACCUUCACAACAGCACAAUUCACGCAGCCAUCACACUUCAUCCAAACAAAAGGCCCGCAUAUCAGUACAGACUACAUAAUUACAUGCUCAGCCGCAAGAUAUCUGAACUCCGCUACCGCACCAUCCAGCUCCACAGGGAAAGUGCGCUCAUGAGCAAGCUCAGCAACAGUGAGGUGAGCAAAGAGGACCAGCAGCUGGGAGUGAUGCCUUCUUUCAACCACUUCCAGCCACGGGAGAGAAAUGACGUCAUUGAGUGGGAGUUCCUGACUGGGAAGUUGCUUUACUCAGCUGCAGAGAACCAGCCUCCUCGACAGAGCAUCAACAGUAUCCUAAGGACAGCCCUGGAUGACACGGUCUUGCAGGUGAUGGAGAUGAUCAACGAGAAUGCCAAGAGUAGGGGCCGGCUCAUUGACUUCAAGGAAAUUCAGUAUGGCUACCGCAGGGUUGAUCCCAUGCAUGGGGUGGAGUACAUUUUGGAUCUGCUCCUCCUAUACAAAAGGCACAAAGGAAGGAAACUGACUGUGCCUGUGAGGCGCCAUGCCUAUCUUCAGCAGUUGUUUAGCAAAUAUUUCUUCAGAGAAAUGGAAGAGCUCAAUGUGAACAGCCUGGUGGAGAGUAUUAACAGUGGCACCCAGUCGUUCUCCUUCAUAUCUAAUUCUCUAAAAAUACUCUCAUCUCUUCAAGAAGCCAAAGAAAUAGGAUGGCACAAAGAAAAGAAAGUCCACAUUCUUGUUCCCCUCACUGGAAGGUAUGACAUUUUCUUAAGAUUCAUGGAAAAUUUUGAAAGUACGUGUCUUAUCCCAAAGCAAAAUGUGAAGCUGGUCAUCAUCCUUUUCAGUGGGGAUUCUGGCCAAGAGUCCAACAAACACAUCGAGCUGAUACAUGAAUAUCAGAACAGGUACCCUAAUGCAGAAAUGAUGCUGAUUCCCAUGAAGGGGGAGUUUUCCAGAGGUCUUGGUCUUGAAAUGGCUGCUUCUCAGUUUGACAAUGACACGUUGCUGCUAUUUUGUGAUGUUGACUUGAUCUUUAGAGGAGACUUUCUCCAAAGAUGUAGAGACAAUACAAUUCAGGGACAACAGGUAUACUUCCCCAUCAUCUUUAGCCAGUAUGACCCAAAGGUGACCCACAUGGGAAAUCCACCCCCAGAGGAUGACUUUGUAUUCUCAAAGGAAACUGGAUUUUGGAGAGACUAUGGCUAUGGAAUCACCUGUAUUUACAAAAGCGAUCUACUGGGUGCAGGUGGAUUUGAUACCUCAAUACAAGGCUGGGGACUGGAAGAUGUAGAUCUCUACAACAAAGUUAUCCUAGCUGGCUUACAACCCUUCAGAAGUCAAGAAGUAGGAGUGGUGCAUAUUUUCCAUCCAGUUCAUUGUGAUCCUAACUUGGACCCUAAGCAGUAUAAGAUGUGCUUAGGAUCCAAAGCAAGUACUUUUGCCUCAACCAUGCAACUUGCUGAACUCUGGUUAGAAAAACAUUUGGGUAUCAGGGACAAUCGAACUCUCUCCUGA